AUGAUUCCAUAUGGAGCCGGCAUCAAUUCUGCUUUGGCAAUCGGAGAGCAACUUGGCGUUACCCCGGGCGAAUCUGCAUGGAUUGUUGCAGCGUAUCCCUUGACCCAAGGUACCUUUGUUCUCAUGGGCGGGCGGAUCGGAGCAGUCUACGGCCACAGGAAUGUAGUCGCGGCUGCUGGGAUCUGGUGGGUCGUUUGGACUUUGAUCUCUGGGUUCAUGACGGACGUUAUAUCGCUCAGUAUCAUGAGAGCGCUCAGCGGCAUAGGUGGCGCGUUCAUUGUUCCGAAUGCUAUAGCGCUCCUUACAAUCACGUUCCCCCCCGGCCGCAUGAGAAACAUUUCCGUUGGGCUUUUUGGUGCAAUGGCGCCGAUAGGAGCCGCUGGCGGGAGUGUCUUCCCAGGCUUCUUCGUGCAGCUUCUCCCUUGGAAAUGGCUUUUCUUCUUCCUGGCAAUACUCGGAUCUGCUAUAUUUACACUAUUUGUCUUGGUAGUUCCAAAGGAACCCGAGAGAAUGGAUCCGAAUGGGAAAAUAGACUUUAUCGGAGCUUACCUAGGAGUUGCCGGCCUGAUACUCUUCAACUUUGUAUGGAAUCAAGCACCUAAUGUCGGUUGGGAUGAACCGUACGAGUAUGCACUCUUGAUCCUGUCAAUAUUGCAUAUCGUUGCGUUUGCUCUGUGGGAAUCAACAUUUGCCAAGGAUCCCAUCCUUCCGCUCAAUAUUUGGAAAGCGCCAUCAUUCGCUUGGAUGAUUCUGUCUACUUUCUUUACGUGUAUGGCUGUUGGCAUCCUGAUCUGGUAUGCCAGCCUAUGGAAUCUUCAAAUUCGGCAUUAUUCCUUGUUCCUAAACGCUGCGGGCUUUGCUACGCUGGCAGUUUGCGGAGCAAUCGCAGCCAUUCUCUCUGCUGUUGCGAUCCGGCAUCUAGCAGCUCAGUAUAUCAUGGCGAUUGGUUCGCUUGCAUCUGCCACGGCAUUGGUCCUUGUUUGCACGAUGCCGGAACAGCAAACAUACUGGGCUCAAAUGUUUCCGGCUCUUAUAAUAAUCGCACUUGGGCCCGAUUUCCUCUUUACCGCAUCGCAAAUCAUCGCCAGCAACACUGUCAAACGAAGCCAACAAGGGAUGGCUGGGUCCGUUAUUGGAACCGUGCUGUCAUACGGCUUAAGUACAGGUUUAGGGUUUGCCGGCACAGUGGAGGCAUACACAAAUUCCCAUGGUAGGGAUCCCGUCCAAGGUUAUCGCAACGCUCUAUACCUCGGCAUCGGAAUGGCAGUUUGCGCCGCAGCGAUGGCGCUUACAUUUGUGCGAAUCCCAAAGGAUCGCAGAGAGGGUUGGGAUGAAGAUGCUUGA